UGGACCAAAUCGACGAAUAACUCGACGACGACGACCACGACAUCGACAACUAAACGAAAACCUUCAUCUUCGAUAGAACUGGCAGAUAUUCAACUAAGUCGAUCGCCCAUCACAUUUAGCUCGGGACCAGAGGACAAUGGCUCAACGGACGAGGAUAUAUUCAAGCUUUCAAAGGACCUGACCAACACGUUUGGCGUUCUGCACGGCGAUGGCGAUACGCCACCUCCCUUUAGCGACGUGAUCUUCCGUGUGAAGGACCGUCGCUUCUUUGCCAGCAAGAUCAUGCUGGUGUCGCGAAGCGAGUACUUCAAGGCGAUGUUCACGCACAGCAUGAAGGAGUCCACGGUCAAAGAGGUGACGCUAGAGGGCGUCGAGCCAGACGUCUUCUAUGUGGUGCUGCGCUACAUCUGUAUCGGCAUCCUCGACCUCGACUUUGACAUUCGCAUCAUUGGCUCCAUCUACAACUACUGCGACCUGCUCGGUCUGAUGCGUGGCAAAGAGCUGGCGCUCGGCAUCAUGACGCGCUGCGCCAUCUCCUACAUGCAGGCACCGGACGUUGAGAACGCUCUGCUGCUCUGGGACGCAGCCAACGCCAUCAUGAUCCCAGUCGAGUCCAUCCAUCCACAGAUGCGCGCCUUCAUCAUACAGUACGCCGCCAUAUUCAUGUACAGCGACAUCUUCCCGUCAAUCAGCGAGAAGACAGUGUGCGACAUGCUGCGAAACGACGGUCUGCGCAUGGAGGAGCUGGACAUCCUCGAGUGCAUCGUCGACUGGUGUCGCGCCAACAGCACGGACAGCACAGGGGCCCCGCUGCCAAAGGACCCCGCCUCGGGCACGGGCUCGCAGAGCAAGCGAAGCAGCAUGUACCAGAGACGUGGAGUGCACGAUGACAACGAGUCCACGGGCAGCUGUAGCAGUAGUCGCUGUAGCAGUCGUCGAGGAUCCAUCCACGAGCGGGAGACCGCCGGUGAUCCCAACAGGACCGACUCACACAACGACACCGAUGGCUCAUACUCUGGCUCUGACCUAGAAGACGAGAGCGACUAUGAUGACGACUUCACAGACGAUGAUGACAAGGAGGACAGUGCCAAUGAUGACUAUUUCUACUCUACUGAGCCCAUUAGUGAGAGCCAGGAAGAGGAGUUGGACGAAUCAAUCGAUCGCAACCUGCUGAACAACCUGUUGCCAUUGAUUCGUUGGGAGAACAUGAACAUUGGAGAGGCCUUUGAGAGAUUGGACUGUCUCAAGAUCAUACCAGAGAAAGAAAUAACCAAUUUACUUAGAGGCAUUAUUAGAGCAAACAGAGGAGAACCAUUCCAAUUCCUUGGAUAUCAUUACAGACGACCACGCAACACAAGGAAGCGUACCUACCCUCUUGAAUUCCUGUUGGGCAUCAGCCAACCAUUCAACUCACCUCAGAGCAAUGAGCUGAUGCCACUCAAUCCAAUAUGCCAAGAGUUUGGACAGACAUCUUGCCAAUUCCUCUAUCGCAUCAAGAAGAAUAUCAAGUUGCCUUGCAACUUGGAAAGGUUUACAUUUAAAGACAGGGACUUCUUUGUCCAGCUGAAAGAGAGGGAGAAGGGACAGUUGGCAGUGUACCUUGCCUUUGGCCAGAAGUUGACAAAGCCACUGGCGGUCGGUGUGUCUGCCACGAUCAUUGGAUUCCGUUUCCAGGACAACAUAGAGUUCACCUACAAGAAGAUGUUUGAUGAGGGCUUCGACAGUGCAUGGGGCUGGCCACGUUUCAUCAGUCUAGAGGCGCUACAGAAGGACAAGUACACACACUAUGGCGAUAGUUUCGUACUGCUACUCGAUCUCACCAGUCAGUGGGGUUGA